GGAGCAGGCUGCUGGCCAGCCCCGGGCCCGCGCCAAGUAGAGCCUCAGGUGCGGUUCCCCCACAAGCAAGUGGCGCGGGCGGCGGCUUGGAACGGCCCGCCCCGCCCGCCGCGUCGGCGCCUGCCCCGUUGUGAGGUGAUAAAGUGCUGCGCUCCGGGACGCCAGCGCCGGGGCUGCCGCCUCUGCUGGGGUCUAGGCUGUUUCUCUCGCGCCACCACUGGCCGCCGGCCGCAGCUCCGGGUGUCCUAGCCGCCCAGCCUCCACGCCGUCCCGGGACCCCUGUGCUCUGCGCGAAGCCCUGGCCCCGGGGGCCGGGGCAUGGGCCAGGGGCGCGGGGUGAAGCGGCUUCCCGCGGGGCCGUGACUGGGCGGGCUUCAGCCAUGAAGACCCUCAUAGCCGCCUACUCCGGGGUCCUGCGCGGCGAGCGUCAGGCCGAGGCUGACCGGAGCCAGCGCUCUCACGGAGGACCUGCGCUGUCGCGCGAGGGGUCUGGGAGAUGGGGCACUGGAUCCAGCAUCCUCUCCGCCCUCCAGGACCUCUUCUCUGUCACCUGGCUCAAUAGGUCCAAGGUGGAAAAGCAGCUACAGGUCAUCUCAGUGCUCCAGUGGGUCCUGUCCUUCCUUGUACUGGGAGUGGCCUGCAGUGCCAUCCUCAUGUACAUAUUCUGCACUGAUUGCUGGCUCAUCGCUGUGCUCUACUUCACUUGGCUGGUGUUUGACUGGAACACACCCAAGAAAGGUGGCAGGAGGUCACAGUGGGUCCGAAACUGGGCUGUGUGGCGCUACUUUCGAGACUACUUUCCCAUCCAGCUGGUGAAGACACACAACCUGCUAACCACCAGGAACUAUAUCUUUGGAUACCACCCCCAUGGUAUCAUGGGCCUGGGUGCCUUCUGCAACUUCAGCACAGAGGCCACAGAAGUGAGCAAGAAGUUCCCAGGCAUACGGCCUUACCUGGCUACACUGGCAGGCAACUUCCGAAUGCCUGUGUUGAGGGAGUACCUGAUGUCUGGAGGUAUCUGCCCUGUCAGCCGGGACACCAUAGACUAUUUGCUUUCAAAGAAUGGGAGUGGCAAUGCUAUCAUCAUCGUGGUGGGGGGUGCGGCUGAGUCUCUGAGCUCCAUGCCUGGGAAGAAUGCAGUCACCCUGCGGAACCGCAAGGGCUUUGUGAAACUGGCCCUGCGUCAUGGAGCUGACCUGGUUCCCAUCUACUCCUUUGGAGAGAAUGAAGUGUACAAGCAGGUGAUCUUCGAGGAGGGCUCCUGGGGCCGAUGGGUCCAGAAGAAGUUCCAGAAAUACAUUGGUUUUGCCCCAUGCAUCUUCCAUGGUCGAGGCCUCUUCUCCUCCGACACCUGGGGGCUGGUGCCCUACUCCAAGCCCAUCACCACUGUUGGAGACAACCAGAGAUGCAGCACAUAAAGCAUUUGGCACAGUUCCUUCCACAUGGCGAGCCCGCAGCCCAGCGUCACCACCUUCAGCAUCAUGGUGGAUGCCCAGGGGAAGGGUGUUGACUAACCAGAAGCCUCUGCCCUGUCCCUGCAGUGGGAGAGCCCAUCACCAUCCCCAAGCUGGAGCACCCAACCCAGCAAGACAUCGACCUGUACCACACCAUGUACAUGGAGGCCCUGGUGAAGCUCUUCGACAAGCACAAGACCAAGUUCGGCCUCCCGGAGACUGAGGUCCUGGAGGUGAACUGAGCCAGCCUUUGGGGCCAACUCCCUGGAGGAACCAGCUGCAAAUCACUUUUUUGCUCUGUAAAUUUGGAAGCGUCAUGGGUGUCUGUGGGUUAUUUAAAAGAAAUUAUAACAAUUUUGCUAAACCAUUACAAUGUUAGGUCUUUUUUAAGAAGGAAAAAGUCAGUAUUUCAAGUUCUUUCACUUCCAGCUUGCCCUGUUCUAGGUGGUGGCUAAAUCUGGGCCUAAUCUGGGUAGCUCAGCUAACCUCUCUUCUUCCCUUCCUUAAGUGACAAAGGAAACUCAGUCUUCUUGGGGAAGAAGGAUUGCCAUUAGUGACUUGGACCAGUUAGAUGAUUCACUUUUUGCCCCUAGGGAUGAGAGGCGAAAGCCACUUCUCAUACAAGCCCCUCUAUUGCCACUACCCCACGCUCGUCUAGUCCUGAAACUGCAGGACCAGUUUCUCUGCCAAGGGGAGGAGUUGGAGAGCACAGUUGCCCCGUUGUGUGAGGGCAGUAGUAGGCAUCUGGAAUGCUCCAGUUUGAUCUCCCUUCUGCCACCCCCACCUCACCCCUAGUCACUCAUAUCGGAGCCUGGACUGGCCUCCAGGAUGAGGAUGGGGGUGGCAAUGACACCCUGCAGGGGAAAGGACUGCCCCCCAUGCACCAUUGCAGGGAGGAUGCCGCCACCAUGAGCUAGGUGGAGUAACUGGUUUUUCUUGGGUGGCUGAUGACAUGGAUGCAGCACAGACUCAGCCUUGGCCUGGAGCACAUGCUUACUGGUGGCCUCAGUUUACUUUCCCCAGAUCCUAGAUUCUGGAUGUGAGGAAGAGGUCCCUCUUCAGAAGGGGCCUGGCCUUCUGAGCAGCAGAUUAGUUCCAAAGCAGGUGGCCCCCGAACCCAAGCCUCACUUUUCUGUGCCUUCCUGAGGGGGUUGGGCCGGGGAGGAAACCCAACCCUCUCCUGUGUGUUCUGUUAUCUCUUGAUGAGAUCAUUGCACCAUGUCAGACUUUUGUAUAUGCCUUGAAAAUAAAUGAAAGUGAGAAUCCUCUA